AUGCGUUCGAUGUGGCUGCGAGUGCUGCAAAUGCUGCUCGGACUGUGGCUGACGCUGGCGGAUGCGCGUCUGCUCAAGUUCACGAAUGUCAAGUGCCUGGAGCUGCCGACAAAUGCGGGCUUCAGCAGGUACGAGUACUGCCGCCUGAAGGUGGUGCGGCGCAAUCAGGUGGAGCUCUCGCUGAAGGUCAGCCUGCUGGAGCUGCCCAUCACGAACCUGACCACCAGGCUGCAGUGCUUCCAGCGCAGCGACGGCUAUCGUCCGUUCAUCUACAAUAUACUCUUCGAUUUCUGCAAGCUGAUGGCCGCACGCAAAUAUCGCAUUUCCUUCGAGAGAUUCAUCUUCGAUGCUGUGCGCCAGCACAGCAACUUUAAUCAUUCGUGUCCCUGGCGGGAGGAUCACAUGACCGUGGAGCGUUACGCUUUGGACUUUACCAAGGUGAACAUGCCCGUGCCGGCGGGCGUCUAUCGGCUGGACUUUACCUUCUACGCUUACGGCAUAGCGCGCACCUUGACGCAGGUCUACUUCGAGAAACUCGAAUAGGUUAUGGCCACAAAAUGGCGU